AUGGCCCCAGCAAGGAAACGGUUGCGGGAUAUGAAUGUGGAUGAAUUUCUUAAUGCUGAUUUAGAUAAUGAAUCUGAUAGUUCGUCAUCAAAGUGUGAAAUACCAGAUUUACCGCGGAGUAAAAAAGCUAGAUCUGGGCUUCAACCUGUUAAUGUGAAAUCACCGUCAAAUGACGGCCAAGAGACCGCAGCUACACCCAAGAAGAAAGUCAAGUCAAAGAACAAAGGUAACAUUUCCAACGGUAAAAAGCAAGGGGAUAACAGUAAUUCAUUAGCGUCUACAUUGAAAGAUGCCGAUCCAGAGUUCUAUGAUUUCUUGAAAGGGCAAGACAAAAGUCUGCUGGAUAAUCUAAAAGAUUUGUCAGACACAGAUAAUUCAGACGAUGAUGGCGGUUCUGAGGCGAGUGAUGCAGAAGAAAGUAAAAAGUCCGCUAAAAAUGGUUUUGAAAAAGAAUUGCUUAAAAUGUCAAGUGGUGAAGAUACAGACUCAGAGAGUGAAGGUUCGGGUAUUGUACAUAAGUUGCCAGGUAAACUUGAAGUUGCUAGUGAUGAUAGUACAGAUGAAGAUGAUGAAGCAGCAGAGCUGAAGGAUGUUAAAAAGAAGGGUGGCAUUUUAUUGACUCAUAAAGUGAUUGACAAAUGGACUCUUGAUGUUAAAAAACAGCCAUCACAGUUUCUGUUUAAAGAGAUGGUAUCUGCAUUUCAUGCCGCUGUUCAGGAAGCUGAAGGUGCAGGACAAACCCAGGUUUUAAAAUAUAGAGUUGAGGGUGGUGCUGUAUUCAACAGUGUUGUCAGAUUGUGUCUUACGCAGAUUGUUCCAACUUUGGAAUACAUUCUACAGUUGCCAAAUCUGGCAGAGCUACAGCAGGACAAGUUGGACAAGAUACAGGUGUGGAAAAAGUUGAAAAUGCAGGUGAAAUGUUACAUUUCGGAUCUGCUUCGAUUGUUAGAACAGUUGUCAGAGGCAGUGAUGAUUAAUGCCAUCAUGAAACAUAUUCAUAAAUUAAUCAUCUUCUAUGCUAGUUUUGGAAAGCUGACAAAAUUGUUCCUGAAACGCAUGAUAAAAAUGUGGACGACUGGAGAAGAAACCACACGUGUGCUCGCUUUUUUGUGUAUUAAUAAAGUUGUUCGUAUGAAACAGGAUGAACUUCUUGAGAUAUGUUUAAAGCAGAUGUAUGUUGCUUAUGUUAGCAAUUGUAAGUUUACAUCACCUGCAACUCUGCCACUUAUCAAUUUUAUGCAGCGCUCUUUGGUAGAAUUGUUGAACAUUGAUCAAACUGUGGCAUAUCAAUAUGCAUUUGUGUACCUUCGUCAGCUGGCCAUCCAUUUAAGAAAUGCAAUUUCUGUGAAAAAGAAAGAGACUUGUCAGACAGUGUACAACUGGCAGUACAUUCAUUGCCUGGGUCUUUGGGUCCAGCUGCUUUCGGUCACUCACCCCAGUGAGAUCCUGCAACCAUUGAUAUAUCCUCUUACACAAACAAUUAUUGGCACAAUCAAACUUGUACCAACUGCACGUUAUUACCCCCUGAGGUUUCAUUGUGUACAGCUCCUGAAUCAACUCGCAUGCAAGACUAACACAUUUAUACCUACGCUGCCAUUUCUUUUGGAAAUCUUCGAGCAGACUGACUUCAACAGGAAACACAAAAACAUUAGUCUCAAGCCAUUUAACUUUGCAGUGAUCCUUAAAUUUUCAAAGACUCAGCUCGGUGAAAAAGCUUUCAAGGAUGGUCUCAUCGACCAGUUGUAUGAACAUCUUUUAGAGAGUUUUAACAUACAGGCACAUUCUAUUGGUUUUCCUGAAUUCAUCAUCUUGUCCGUUGUGCAGCUGAAAACCUUCCUGAAAAAGUGCAAGAUUGCAAACUAUUGCAAGCAGAUUAAACAGAUUGUGGAUAAAAUUCAAGAACAUUCAAAGUUUGUUGCUGAAAAGAGAAAACGAUCCAGCAUUAACUUGACUGACUUUCAGGCUGUGCAUCUUUGGGAGUCUGAGCUGGCGGCUAGUGAUACACCUCUUAGGAAAUACUAUGCUUCAUGGCGUAAGUUAAGAGACAGGGAGCUGCAGCAUCUUGCUGCAAAUAAAGAGGCUAUUUCAGGGGCAGCUAUUGACAUACCUACCAUUGACCGAAAGAAGCCAAUUAAGGCUACACCUCAAGAAAGAGAGGAUUUCUCUAAGUUAUUUGAGAAUGACUCAGAAUCAGAUGAUGAGACAAGAUUCCUUUUGAAAGAGGAGAGAGUAAAGACAGGUAAAGAAAAGCAGAGUGUAGGAUCUGAAAGUGAUGAUUAUAGUGACUUUGAUGAUGAUGAAUUAGAGCAGCUCGCACAGUCCGGCAGUAGUGGCGAAGAAGAGGAUGUAGAGAUGGAUAAUGAUGAAGAGGAAGAUGAUGAUAGUGUUGAUGAAGAUGAUGAAAUAUCCGCGAAGAAACCAGUAAAGAAGAACAAAACUCUGCGAACAUCACAAAAAGUGUCUGCUGUAAAGCCUGCACAGAAAGAAAAUGUCGCAGAUGAAGAUGAUGUUGUCGAAGAUUUUGUUCUCUCUGAUUUUGAGUCAGAUUAG